GGUCCUUCAACGGUGAGGGCAGCUGCGAAGGAGAGUCCGUCGAAAAGGAAACAAUAGCAGAUCCGGCGGCGGCCGAGACAACUCCCGCUCCCGUGCUCCUAGACCUGCCGAAACCAUCCCUUACAUCAGUCGCUGCCGCCCCUGGUGUGGCGCCCGGGCCAAGCGCAAGCGGGCCUGAGUUUGCUUUCGGACCCAAUGCGGCAUUUGGGCCCUCUGCCCGGGACCUCGACGAAGACGUAAUCGACAAUCUGGUGCUUGCCAUGUGA